AUGCAGAUAGAAACUCGGCAGAAGGAGGAACAAGAGGGGGUGGAAUUCUGGUCGUUUGUCCUUCAUUCAGUACGCGAGUUAGACCUGGCUGGCAUCUCCGACGACGAAGACUCAGAGAUUGAGGGACAAAAAGUCAAACUCGUUCAUCAACUCGACUUUCGCCAUCCAGAUUUUCGUCCGCUGUUUGAGAUGGUGGAUCACACAACGCCCGAGAAGCUUUCGCGACGUGGACGACAGCGGCCUCGAGGAGUGCUAAGCCCUCUGGUGACGGAGCGUGAGCCACCAUCUGGCAUCGCUCCUGAACGCUUUAAACCAGAGUAUCUUGCAGCGAUGAGAGCUGGCCAAAAACCACAGAUAAGGCUGGGGCACAGGGAUUACCCCGUGGCACAUUUUGAAUCCUUCAUGAACAGGAAGAGACAAGAGGGGCUAGCGUCUGGGAAUGAACUCGGAAUCUCCGUCAUUCCGGCGGGUCACCACACAAUCAUACACACCGAACCAGCGCCAGUCUUUCGUUCCUUCCUUACACACACUCUCUCUCUCGCAGUUACCCUACUUGCAUUGUUUUAUCACAAGUCGUUCCCUCAAAUUUUUUCUGCAUUCCUUGCAUUUAUCACACUUUUCUUAUUAUACCUCCUAUGGUACCGAUACCAAUACAAUUACCGCUGA